GUUUAAUUUAUAAUUUGUAAAAUGACGGCGACCUAGACGGGAUGCCAUUGAUAUUAUAAUUGUUUUAAGUGAACACUAAAAGUUUCGGUGGUAUAAGUUACAUUGGAUAGGUUCUGUUCAGAGACUUUUCGAAUUAUAUACACACCGUGAUGAUGGUCACACGACUAAGUCAUGAACUCGGCAUCUGCCUUCGGUCGAAUGUUUGCCUGUGCCUCGUCUUAGUUGCUCUGGUGGUAUUGACGUCAGCACAUGAUUCAUUGGACAGUACACAGGGCUCACACGAACUCGACAUUGAACUUUUCCGGGAUUUGUGGAAUGCAUAUAUAUUGCCUAAACUUGAAAUGGACUUAAACAAAAGGUUAGAUAGUCUGCAAUCUGAUAGUGACUUGUCGGAGUCGUAUGGCUAUUUAGCAGAUCAUCAAAUCGAUCAGAUGAACGCUAAUCGACAAAAAAGGAAAAACUUCAUGGGAAUGGACAACAUGGACAAAAUGUUUGCCUCUCUGAACUCUAAGCCCCGUUUUAUGUCAAUGGAUAGCAGUUUCGGCAAUCUCCAGAACCUUCUACGAAAGGCCGGUCGCAAACGACGCUAGAUGCUAACAUCAACAACGACAACACCUACAAUCAAUUUAUUCACAUGUUGCAAUAUUGAAAUUUCAGUUGCAUUUUCAUUCAUUGUACGUCCAAACAUUAUCGACAUUAUUUCAAGGAUUAUGCACAAGACGUCGUUAAUCAACAUUUUGUGGUUGAAAUAACGUCAGCUUUCAAUUUGAUACAUCAAUAUAGAUAAUUGAAACCAUAAGACUGCUUGGAAUAUAAUUUAUAUUUAAGCAAAAUGUUAAUUGUUUAUUCAAAUGUAUAUUAAGGAUUGAGCAACUUAAUUGCUGGCACCAAUGUAUGUACAUGUGUUUAUUCUUUGAGGACAUUGGGGAAACUUUUUUGAUAUGAUUUAUUGAAAUGAUAAACUUAAAUUUAAAAGAAUAAGCAUAUUAAAACUCAAUUAAAAACAAUGUUAUGAAAUAACAGCCGACCGACGACGCAGCAAAUUGUCUUGAAAAUGCAAACAAAGAACACAUGGAACACGAAAAACAGCACAAGAAAUGUACAGUUGGUAUGUCAUUAAAUCAGAUAUCAUGGUUGAAAAUCAAUUAUAAAUGUCUCGAUCUCAACUUGUUAGUAAAUGUACGAAGCUAUUCAUGGGCAAAUUAAAUCUAAAUUUAA